UGCCGGGGCUCGGGAUGACGCCACCUCUCGCUCCGCCCCGGCGCAAACUCGCUCUCCGCGUUCAUUUCAUUCCUCUUCUCAUUCCGAGCAUUCUUCGCAUCUCUGUCAAUGCGCGAAGCGAUUCACCUCCACCUUUCCGGCCGGCCCAGAAACACCAGAAUAACUUGACACAGUGUUAGAACCCCGCGUAACAUCACACUAGCGACAGAAAGCGACAUUUUUAUAUGAGCUAUCAGUAACGAGGUCUCUCCCUAGUCUGCUCCAGGCUUCAGCUUGGAGAGCCCAACCGCCACGAUUGAUCCCAGCAGCUGGAGCGGCAGCGAGAGCCCUGCCGAGGACAUGGAGAGGAUGAGUGACUCCGCAGACAAGCCUGUGGACAACGAUGCAGAGGGAGUGUGGAGCCCUGACAUUGAGCAGAGCUUCCAGGAGGCCUUGGCCAUCUAUCCUCCAUGUGGACGCAGGAAGAUCAUCCUCUCUGAUGAAGGGAAGAUGUAUGGUCGGAAUGAGCUUAUCGCCAGAUACAUCAAGCUCCGGACUGGGAAGACAAGGACUCGGAAACAGGAGGUGUCUAGUCACAUACAGGUCUUAGCAAGAAAGAAAGUUCGAGAAUUCCAAGCUGCCAUUAAGGUACGUCUGGCUUUGCCCAGUUGCAGGGGGCUUUUCAUUGCCAUGGUUACAGGCUCUUCCUUUGUUUUCCUCCCCUCCCCUACCCCGCAGGUGUCUAGUCACAUUCAGGUUCUUGCCAGAAGGAAAUCUCGUGAGUUUCAUUCCAAGCUAAAGGUUACAAGUAUGGACCAAGCCGUGAAGGACAAAGCCCUCCAGAGCAUGGCCUCCAUGUCCUCAGCUCAGAUUGUCUCCGCCACGUCUAUUCACAACAAGCUCGGCCUACCCGGCAUCCCGCGCCCAGCCUUCCCUGGAACUGGAUUAUGGCAGGGUAUGAUAUCGACUGGUCAACCAGGAUCCUCACAGGAUAUUAAGCCUUUCGCCCAGCAAGCCUAUCCCAUUCAGCCAGCAGUCACCACAGCCAUUUCAAGUUACGAGCCAACGGCACCUCCAGCUCCCACAGCACCAGCAUGGCAGGGACGCUCCAUCGGUACAUCUAAACUCCGACUGGUGGAGUUCUCUGCCUUCCUAGAGCAACAGAGAGACCCGGACUCUUAUAACAAGCACCUAUUUGUACAUAUCGGGCAGACGAACCAUUCCUACAGCGACGCUCUGCUGGAGUCUGUGGACAUUCGUCAGAUUUAUGAUAAAUUUCCAGAGAAGAAAGGAGGACUCAAGGAGCUGUAUGGAAAAGGGCCCCAAAAUUCCUUCUUCCUUAUAAAAUUCUGGGCUGAUCUGAACUGCAACAUUCAAGACGAUACCGGAUCCUUUUAUGGAGUCACUAGUCAAUAUGAGAGCUCAGAGAACAUGACUAUCACAUGUUCAACAAAGGUCUGCUCCUUUGGCAAACAGGUGGUUGAGAAAGUCGAGACUGAAUAUGCGCGGUUUGAAAAUGGUCGAUUCGUCUACCGGAUAAGCAGAUCUCCCAUGUGUGAAUACAUGAUCAACUUCAUCCAUAAGCUAAAACAUCUGCCAGAGAAAUAUAUGAUGAACAGUGUUCUGGAGAACUUCACUAUCUUAUUGGUGGUGACGAACAGAGACACCCAGGAGACGCUCUUAUGUAUGGCCUGCGUGUUUGAAGUUUCGAACAGUGAGCACGGCGCCCAGCAUCACAUCUACAGACUGGUAAAAGAAUGAAAGGCCCAAGAUUCAGCCCACAAGCCCCUUCCUUUCAUAGACUUACCAACCUCAAGACAAGUGGCAGUGCCUCUACCUGGAAGUUUCACCUGCUAUACUUUUUGGUCAUGGUAUUGGGUGAAGUCUGUUGUUCUAAAUUAGUUUUAAUGUAAGUGUGUGUUAUUUGACUGCAGCUGUGAAUUGCGGUACAGUUAUUUUGUUUAAAUACAAGAUUCCAUGUUUAAAAUGUUGAGUUGGUCUCCGUUAAGUAUAAAUGUGGCCCUACAUAAUUUACUAUAUUAAUUUGAUAAAUGGAAAUCUGUGUUUUCUCUUCUACUUCAUUACGUAGGCUAAGGAAAAAAAUGGCUGCUGGCUUUUUCUACCAGUUGCCUCAUGUGCUCUGUGUAUUAUGUUCCAGUGUGUUUUGUAUGUCUGUAGUUCACAAUUGGUAGAGUCAUACUGCAGCUAUACAGACAUACACCCACAGCCAAUAGACUUUCCAAAGAAACUAAACUAACACUACAUACAGAGUAGCAAAAGCAAGUGGUUGUGAAUAUUGCAAAAUUACUAUUUCUUUAAAGAAAAUAAUAAUAAUGAACAGCUUUCACUAGUAUAUUUAUCCCUGUUGAAGCACUCCAAGUCUUAGACACUACAGAAUGAAUGCACUGUGAAAUACUACAAUCGUUUUGCCUGCAUCUGCUCCAUAAUUGUAGAAGUCUUACCACCUGCUAAGCAUUUUUGUGCUGCAGACGUGCGUUUCCUCUGUAACAAUGGAUAAGGAAUUUUUUGGUUUUACAGGUGGAAUUGCUCUAACCGGACUCUCAUCUUGUCCAAAAGCACUUUGUUCCCUUUCCUGGACUUGCCUUACUCCUUUUUUGUUGUUGUUGUUGUUGUUAGGCCUGUGGAUUUAGAGCGACAGAUUCAACCAUCAUAACACCACCACUCACGUGUUGUUCAGCGUGCUGUGUCUUUUCCCAGAGACACUCGUGGCACCGGCCCCCCGCUGGGGCCGCGGCGUGGGCGCGCUAAGCUGGGCGUCGCUGCCUUCACGUUCACGCUACGUUCACACGUUUCCGUGGCCUGAACUAAUCCUGAGCCUUAAGCGUGGUCAAAGUAGUGCGAGUCCAAAAGAUGCCACUAAAACUGUGAUCGCUCUGCAUCGUGUAAAACAACACCUCCAAUACAAUCUGCCAAAGUGUACAGUGCCUUAGAAUAUAUCCGUUCUACUUAGUCUGAAGUUUAAAGUGCGUUCUGUGGAAGAGGCUAAAUAACCUGCGGUAUAUUACUUGGUACAUCUCCACCGUCUCAUCUGGAAAAUAGUUUCUCAUAAUUGGUACAUUCCUGGAAUUACUAGUUUUGGUUGGUUUCUGAGAGGCAGUACACUCACCUUACCUUACCUUCCGCUUGCAAAUGUAUGCUCAGAAGCCGUUAUUAUACCGGUGAUAUUUUUCUAACUCCUGUUCCUGAAAUUCCAGCCUUUUGCUGAGAGUGUGCGAUAAACGCAGACGGACUGCCUUUUCCGGUUGUAGACAACCAAAAGUACCAAAACACAGCCAGUCUUUUGUUGAGUCCUGCAUAGUAGCAAGGAAGUGCCUUUAGUUUAGUUUGACAGCUUCGGAAAGAUCACACGGGCUACAAAUCAAGUGUUGCUAGACCAAAAAUGAGACAUGAGAUGAAACUAAUCACCACAUUGCCUUUUAAAGGACUUUAAUGACAGCAGGGGAAGAGCAGGUCGCUGGGAAAAGAAAUGACAUAUUCAUCUUUAUUGUAGAUUGAUUUGACAAAUGAUUAUUAUUAGAAAACCUACAGUAUGUUUGCUUGAGGUCAGAGGCUAGAAGACCUGCUGAUGAGAGGCGGCCACUGACUGCACGCAGGAAGUGGGCUCGCGCGCAUCGCAUCCCUCCGCUUUGUGCACACUUGCAGGUUCAAGUGUUUUUACCCUUUUGGGAAACGUCCGCGUUCCCUCUCUCCCUCGCACGAUGUGAAAAAGCAAACAUCACUCUGAAAUGUUACUUCUGAUGAUGCAGCUGUGACGUCACGAGCUUUUAUCAUUUAUUGUCUAUCGCGGUGAAAAUCAAAGUUUAUUUAAUAGUGAUUCUACAGAAUACGCUCUGAAAGCGUUUUUAGCUGAUGCGGCUGAAUCUGAUAAUCGGGCUUCUCACAACUGCUAGUGUGGACGAUGCCAUUGAGGUGAAUACUCUAAGGACGCUCAGACAUUUACCAUUUCUAAUAAAGACAGGACAAAGUAUUUUAAUCAAAGCAAAGUAAUGACAGACAGUGUCUCUGGUGGAUGCAGAUCAAGUUCAUUCAGUAUUUCUGCCACAGUCCUGUGGACGCUGUGGAGGUUCAAUAGGCUUUUUUAGGUUAGCCCUGUGUAUCUGUUCACAUUUAUUGAUGACUUAGUGACAUGUUCCUGUUUUCUUAUUGUACUUGUAUACACUUGUACUUGGUUUUGUGACAAUGUCUGUAUAUUGCAAGCCCAAGUAAUGAUGUUACUGCUGCACUGCUGGAACAUUCCAACAUGAUUAACACUUAAAAAAAAAAGACUAAGCAGGACCCACCGCCUUCAAUGGCACCAAUGUCGGCUGGAUAAUUUAAGAGACAAUGGAUGCACCCAUGUGAUAAUCAGCUCAGUCAAGGAAUCACAAACAUCAGCAGUUCAGCGCUUGUCGUUUGUAAAUCUGUCAAAGAGUAGGUACUGGUACCUUUAUGUUUUAUGACCAUUCUCAGAUGGUGGCUUUAAAGUGAUUCUUCAUAUAGCUCAUAGUUGUCACACACAUUUGGGUUUUGUGUGCAGAGAUUUUUUUUUCUUUUUUUUUGUAAAAAGGUGCUUUAUACAAAAGUAUAUCUUGGCAUUUCUUGGUACAGAUGUGAUCUUUUCAUAUCCAUUCAUAUACAGUAAAUUGGCGCAACGGAGAGAAAAGAAGUUCUGCUAUGUUUGUGUUCUACAUAUGGUCUCGUCUUUGCUCUGUAACAUUAUGAUGCCUUCUUGAUCAUAGAUAUUUUGUAGCUUUCUAGAUACUUUGUAUGUAUGCAAUAUUGAAGUUAAAUAAAUCAGAAAAAUAUCGCCUCGUAA